CGUUCUUACCUCCCUCCCCUUCAUAUCUCCAUUCCACUCGCUUCAUUUCACCUCCAGUCUCUCGUUUGCUGCCAUUGAGGUCUUUUUGCGUGUUUUUCCAACCUUCUUCGAACCAAAUAAAGUUUCUUUUCCAGAUCCGACGCACUGACACAAUGAUGUUCGAGGGAGUUUUGAGCUGGUUCCGCCCUGCGGAAGCCGAGGUUGUGCAGGAGACCAGCUGGGAUCCCGUUACCUUGACCAUGGUCCAACCCAAGAGUCCGGUCGCUCCCACCACAGACGAGAUUGUCACCGAUCAACCGAUUCUCGGCGAAGGGAUGGACUUGCGACUCCGCGGUGGUGACAGUACUGAGGACGGGUAA